AUCUCUGUAGCAAUCUCCCCUAUAAUCUCUGCCAAUAAUAUUCAGAUAUAUCCUGAAGAAUAGAGACAUCGAGAUCGAUUGUUCAUAGGAUAUAUACAUUUAAUAUUUGACGUAUCGCAAUUAAAUAAGUUAAGGACUCAGAGAACUAUAAGAAGGGAAAACUAAUAAAUAAAUUUAGUGGACUAAAGAAUAAAAAAAAAAGUCCGUAAAACAGUAAUAGGCUAAGGGUUCUCACCAGAGCAGUGCGAUAUCUGCGGUUAAAUCUGAGUAUGCUUUAAUAAUAUUUAAUGAAAGCAUACACAUGAACUUUUUCGAAGCACAUGUGAGCCGAGUAGUGUAGAUUAUGAUUCCAGAUAAACUCAGAAAAAAAGAUAGAUUAUCAUUGUGACGGUGCGCAACCAACGAUAUGGUCGCGAAUGCAUUCAUCUUUCAAGCGUUCACAGUGUAGACCUUGCGACGAUAUUGGUUAGAAUAUCAGCGUACCUUCCUUGAUAAUUUACACCACUUAACCUUGAAAAAUUGUACGCUCUACGGUUGCAAUAAUCUUAACCAAUCGUGGCGUUACUGAAAAUCCGACGUUAUUGCUCAUCCAAGAAGCUUACACCAGAGUCCACAGGAAUAUUCAAACAAUAUUUAAUAAAUACCAAAGGAAUCAAAAACCAUCGAUGUCGAAGUCUAUCACUAAUUGGACCUUUUGGAGAAAGUCGAAGAGAUCUGUUCGAUUGGACGCACAAGCUAAAAAAAAAAGAACACGUAAACGUAGUGCUGCUGAUCUACAGCCAACUGUGAAGACAGCAGUAUACAGAGUUACAGAAAGUGUUCAAAGGCAGAAACCAACAACAAGUUUGGCCGCAAUGAUGGAACUGCCCGUAUCAAAAAUAGAAGAGCGGAUCCCCAGAGAAUCUCCCAUAAGUGAUGAUUAUGAAAUAAGUAAUCAGGUGCUUGGAUUGGGAAUUAAUGGCAAAGUCGUACAAUGUUACGAUAAAGUUACUAGACAGAAAUAUGCAUUGAAGGUUCUUCACGACUGUGUUAAAGCGAGACGGGAAGUUGAAUUGCACUGGAGGGCUUCUAACUGCAAACACAUUGUACAAGUGAAAGAGGUCUACGAAAAUGCAUACAGUGGGAACAAAUGUCUACUUGUCAUUAUGGAAUGUAUGGAAGGAGGCGAGCUCUUUCAACGAAUACAGGAUCGACAGGAUGGUGCAUUUACAGAGAGAGAAGCAGCGGAAAUAAUGUUCGAGAUUUCCAUUGCAGUUAAACAUCUUCAUGAUAUGAAUAUCGCACACAGGGAUCUCAAACCUGAAAAUCUUCUUUAUUCCAGAUCAGAUCACACAGGAAUAUUGAAAUUGACGGACUUUGGAUUUGCCAAAGAAACUCACGUCAAGGACACUCUACAAACGCCCUGCUACACUCCUUAUUAUGUAGCCCCUGAAGUUUUAGGUCCAGAGAAAUACGAUAAAAGUUGUGACAUUUGGUCACUUGGAGUCAUAAUGUACAUACUACUGUGCGGCUUUCCUCCAUUCUACAGUAAUCACGGACUAGCGAUUUCACCGGGGAUGAAAAAGAGAAUACGUCUCGGACAAUAUGACUUUCCAGCUCCUGAAUGGACAAGUGUCAGUAUUGAAGCAAGAGAUUUAAUUAAGGGGAUGCUUUGCACAGAUCCUGCACAGAGGCUUUCAAUUGAAGAAGUGAUGAGAAACAAAUGGAUUUCCGUGAGUUGA